UACGGAAGCCAGUUGCCUCGACACGGUCAGCGUUCAGCGAUUCUUAAAACGCCGUCGUUUUUGGGAACGGGUCCUUUUCAAGCAUUUUUACUUUCUUCCAUGGAGACCACGGAGAGACCUGUGCUAGUGAUCGGCAUCGACGACAGCUCUCACAGCUUCUACGCUCUCGAAUGGACUCUCGAUCAUUUCUUCUCAUCCCCCAAAACCAAGCCUUUCAAACUCGUCAUCGUUUACGCUCGCCCCCCAGCGUCUUCCGUUGUCGGGUUCGCCGGACCCGGGUUACCUGAUAUUAUAGCCCAUGUGGAUUCUGAUCUGAAGAAGGCGGCUGCUAGGAUUGUUGAUAAGGCAAAGCAGAUGUGCAACAGCAAAUCAGUGGAGGAUGUGACAGUGAGUGUAAUGGAAGGCGACGCUAGAAGCAUAAUAUGCGACGCUGUCAAUAUACACCAUGCAUCCAUUCUGGUUGUGGGAAGCCAUGGCUAUGGAGCUCUGAAGAGGGCGGUUCUAGGCAGCGUAAGCGACUACUGCGCUCAUCAUGCUCAUUGCACUGUGAUGAUCGUGAAGAAGCCCAAGUACUGAGCUACCCAUUCCCUCUGAAUGAUUUUAUACUUGUAUGUAUUGUGGAUUCCAUGUUUUUUUGUGUACCAUUUCCUCUGUUGUUGCAGAGCCCUUUUCAGCCAAUUCAACGGAGAAUUAUAUC